UGCACUUAAGCACGGAGCAAUUGUUUGGGGAGCAGCCGAGUCGGCCUUUGGGGUCCACUUUUCAGUUGCCUCCCAGACGUGCGCUCUCGCUGUCGUGUGUUCUCGAUCGCGAGAAAUCGAAAUCCCAGUCGAAAUCGAACUUGGCUAAUGCUUAACCCUCUGCACGCCCGGGGAGAUAUGGUGAAACUCUCGAUCUGACCGGAAAACCCCAGCGCGCGUCGCUAUAAUCCCAAGAUCGGUGGCAGAUGGUUUCGCGUCCAUAAAAGCGCAGGCAUCUCGCGCUUUUCGUGUCACUCAAAGCCGGCGCACAGAUCCGAAAAGUACCGGACGCACCUAUCCUGCGAUCAGCUCUACUUGGAUAACGUGGAUUGCCCCUGCUUUAGGCCAAAUCAGUUAUAAUCAAUAUAUCAGUAUACCGCGGCAUUUCAUCAGAGACCCCGAUCCGAAAUCCGAAAUCCGAAAACCGAAAACCGAAAACCGAAAACGGUUCCCCCAAAGCGGCGAGAGCGAAACUAAAGUGAAAAGCAAACCGACUAAUUGAAGUGUCUGCCUGUGACUCGCAAACGUGCAAAGGAAACAAACAAAACGGAAUAGCCAACAUAUCACACUGAGCCACCGCACAAAAUAUUUAUAAAUAAAUACGGCAACAGUAACACCAGCUACCGAUAUAAAAGCCCGGCAUUAACAUUUAGUCGUGCCAGUUUGUUUAUUUUCUAUAUACGCAAGCCCAUAAAAACACAGAUCACUAAAAACAGCAGCAGCAGCAGCAGCAGCAGCAGCGCGCCGCUAUAAUAACAAAGUUGUAGAAAUAAGAAAAUUGGUAUAAGCCGCCACCGAUCCGCCAAUCACCUGCUAUACUCGCACACUAUAACUAAACCCGACGCAGACGCACGCCGUCCACAGAAUCCAUAUAGUUAUAACUACCCAAGUUGCUUGAGCCGAGAUCGGUCAUGAUGACGCCCAUGUGGAUAUCGCUGUUCAAAAUCCUGCUGCUAGUGUUCGCCUUGUUCGCCACGAUAGUUUAUAUCAAUAUCCAAUUAUCGAAGCGACACGAGGCCGAGGUGAGGGCAGCGAAAACAGAGGCAGAAUAUAAUGCCCUUUUGGCAUCCAUGAGCAAGAACGGAACCGGAAAGCCAGCAUCUAGUUACUUACAGUACGAGGCCAAGGAUUUUGAACAUAUCAUCAAAGAGCUUUUUAAAAUAACCAAUGAUGAGGGAGUUGUCCUCUUUAAUACGACCGCGGACAGUGCACCCUUCAUGCCCAUACCCACCCAGCGCGACGAUCCGCCCCAGAAACAGAAUCUGAAUCUGAAUCAGUCCCCGAUCCCCGAAAUGAACCGCCAUUACCAUCAGUACCACAGCCUGAUCCAACCAGAUCAGUACUUCAAAGUGCAGCGCUCCCCAAACGGCAAGCUGAAUCUGGUCUUUAACGAUACGUUCGUAUCUUUGCAGAGGACGGACGCGGAGGUGCAAUCCGAACAGCCAAGUACCCCCCGACAUCCAUCGGACACCUUUGUCUUCCCCGAUUCGCCCAUAGUCAAGUAUCGGCCUCCACAAUCGCCACCUCGUCCACUGAGGAAUCUCACCCAGGAACAUAAUCCCUGCGCCAAGGGUGACAGCCCCGUGUCCAAGACCUUCUGCACGGAAGUGGACGACUACCCGGACCUUUCAGGCCUCACCCUCAAGCUGAAGAACAAUUUCGCCAAGUUCUUUAGCAACGAGUUUCAGCCCACGGAUGUGGGCCCUCGCCUUGGUGACGCGGACGAGCGAUUCCUCUGCAGCAGCACCAGGAGGCUUGUGUACCCGAGAAAGGGCAUCGUAGCGGACAACACCUGGCAGUACAUUGUCAAUAACGAUGAGUACAAACAGGCCAUUCAGGUCGAGGAAUGCGAAGGAGAUGGCCAACCCUGUGACUUCGCCGCCAACUUUCCGCAGAACUACAAUCCCAUCUGCAAGCAGCACUACACACAGCAGACCCUGGCCAGCAUCAAGAACGAUGGCAAAGUGGACGUGGUGCAGCAAUCCUUCCGGAUCCCAUCCUGCUGCAAGUGCGCCUUGAAGACUAAGUGAUUCUGCAGCAUGGGAUUCUCCAGUCGAUGGCUGCGACAAUGUGAUAUUGAGCAUGAAGUUUCACCCACCACAGAAUGGCAGGCCAAACUGAUCAGGGGUCGUUGAUUUAUUCUAUAAUCUGCAGAAUCCACACUUAGACUAAUGUGCACAUUAAUUGAGAGCUUUAGGUCGAGUCACUGUACCCAUAUUCGUGUCAUAUAUUCAUUUUUGGCUUCCUCGUCGAAUGCCUAAGCUAGAAAUGCAAGUAAUUAGUCAUAGAAUACAAAGAAAGCUAAACAAAUAAUAAUAAAAAUAACAAAAAAAAAAGAUAGAAAUAACGAUCUAAAAAAUGUAUGUUAAAAAAGAUAAUGUAUAAUAAAUGUAUGCAAGUACAUGCCAGCAAAGUAAAGUUCUUUGAACCCA